AUGGUAAAUCCCAAGGGUUAUCGUCGUGGCACCCGGCAUUUAUUCUCAAGAGAAUUUAAAAAAAAUGGGCGUAUACCACUGGCAACCUAUAUGAAGGUUUACAAACGAGGAGAUAUUGUUGAUAUUAAAGGUAACGGAGCUGUUCAAAAAGGUAUGCCACAUAAAUUUUAUCAUGGAAAAACCGGUCGUGUGUUUAAUGUCACUCGUCACGCUGUUGGUGUCAUUGUUAAUAAACGCGUAAGAUACCGUAUAAUGGAAAAACGUAUCAAUGUCAGAGUUGAACAUGUUAAACAUUCAACAUGUCGUUUGGACUUUUUAAAUCGUGUUAAAAAAAAUGAAGAAUUGAAACGUAGUGCAAAACUACAAGGAAAAGUUCUUUCAAGUUCUAGUUUAAAAAGACAGCCGGAAGGACCUCGUAAACAACAUCUUGUUCGUACAAAAAACAAUAAACCACAAUUAGUGGAGCCAAUUCCAUACCAAUUCGUUGCAUAA